AUGUCCAUGACACGCCAUUGCACGCCCGGCAUGGCCCUUUACUUUGUUCUUGUUGCUAUAUGCCUUUUUCAAGUUCAGGCAGCCGUGGCUGAGCCCCGGACUGAUAAGCCAGCGUUUCUGAGCUUGAGUUCCACAAAAUUACACGAGGAGUAUAAGGACUUAGCCACGGGCAAAUCGCUUGCGAGUAACCCGUACGAAUUCAAUGACGAAAUAUAUUAUGACGGCGAGUUCAAAUCCCAAGAGGUGUUUGAGAAAGAAUACCCUUUUGAUGUUCGAAAGGACGGUGUAAAUGAUAGAGACAAUGAAUACAAUGGUGGGCAUCCCUACUACAGCGCCUCUACGCUCCCUGGUAUAGGAAGCGGCAGCAAUAAAAAUUUGCCUUAUAUUGCUUGCCAGUCACAAGUUCAUGUACUGGGAAAUAAUUUGGUGAAUUACGAACAAGCCAAGGGUCUUACCAGCGAGACACAAGCGAAUGUUAUACCGUCUUCCACGAAGAAGAGCUUGAGCUUUUCGCCGCCGACCGUCAUGAACACAGAGAAGAUAAUUCCGCCGUAUAAGGGAAUAUAUUCCGUGCAUUACAAAGCUAGCAAUGGCAAAUGGGCACAUAGCGAUAUUGAGUAUCGCCAGCUCAGUCUUGAAUACCAUGACGACUCAAAGACGGGCUCUGGAAAUGGCCCACACAACGUUCAUUACUUUCACCUCAGCUCUUGGCAGAACCGUCAAGCCGUGGAUCCGGAGAAGCUACAAUUCCUCAUCAACGAGGUAGACAAGAAAUUUACAGGCCAAACCAUCAUCGUGAACUGUGAAUUUGGAGGGGGCCGUACAGGUGUUUUUAUUGAAGCACGAGAGAUGUAUCGGGCGACGGUGAAAGCGAAGAGUACUAAAUGGUUCUUCUCGUCGAGCGAUGAUCCAAUUCAGGAAUAUACGAAGGAGCUGCGCAAAAAGCGAUCUAAAAUGAUCGACUCUUUUCCACAGCCAGGGUCGUCACCCGCCAAAACCAUGAAGAUAUGCGCGGCUUUGUUGCCUAUAAUCGGUAUCGAAAAUGUCGAUGGAACUGUGGGGUGGCGUUCUCAAACCCUGUGCAAUGAACCUCGAUCGGUUGAAUAG